GCAUAUUGUUAGCUAGAAAACCCCGCGUGUGCAUGGGACCCAAUUUAUUUCAUAUCAUUCCAUAACAUUGCCGUGCCCACUCUCCCACACUUCACAAAACCUAAUGACCGUUUUACCCACCAUGAUUUCUAGAACACUUUAAAAUCAAGCGAGGACAUUAUGGUCAUAAUGAACCAAGUAUCUCCCUCCCAGAAAGGCACGGUCUCAGUUCUUCACCCUUUCACCUACGUUUCAAUUUUUCCAAUUCACACUCAAUCCUCUCCAAUUCCCAAUCCUAAAUCCCUAAUUUCUUGAAGGCUAGAUAUUCCAUUCGCAUUACGUACUGGCUUCUCCAAUCGCCAUUCCCAGCUGAAUCCAUGGCCGCCGGGACAAUGGCCACCGCCGCCGGAGCUGCGGUGCUCAUGUACCUCGUGCUCAGCAGGAAGCUCCUUUCUAGAAAGGAAGAAGAAGAAGAAGAAGGAGGAGGAGGAGGCAUGGAUUCGACGAGACUGAGCAGAACGGUGAGGAGGAGGUUUGCUCGGAGGCCAGUUCAGGCGCCGGCGAAUCUCUUGGAGUCGAUCGUGACGCUCUCGGAGACUUUGAGGUUCACGUACUCGGAGACUCUCGGAAAGUGGCCUAUCGGAGACUUGGCGUUCGGCAUCAACUACUUCAUGCGCAAGCAGGGUAAUGUAGAAGUCUCGAGUGUAUACGGAGGGAGUGGUUGUGUGGAAUUGAAAGGGCGUGAGAUAAUUGGGGAGCUGCGUGAGCUGUUGAGGUUGCUGAUAAUGUGCAUGCUCUUCUCAAAGAAGCAGUUUCCGGUGUUCUUAGAUUCCGCCGGAUUCUCCCCGGAGCAUGUUCUCCUUCAGAAGCCCAAAGCUGCGCUUCUGAAGCCUGCUUUCACAAUUAUACGGGAUACACAAUCAAAAUGUUUUCUUCUAUUGAUCCGGGGAACCCAUAGCAUAAAAGAUACUCUAACAGCUGCAAUGGGUGCUGUCGUUCCUUUCCACCACUCUGUUUUAAAUGACGGUGGGGUGAGCAACUUGGUUUUAGGAUAUGCACACUGUGGUAUGGUGGCUGCAGCUCGUUGGAUUGCAAAGCUCUGCACUCCGACAUUGCAUAAGGCUCUUGGUGAAUGUGCUGACUUUAAAGUCAAGAUUGUUGGGCACUCACUUGGUGGUGGUACUGCUGCACUGUUAACUUAUAUUCUUAGAGAACAAAAAGAGUUCUCUUCAAGCACAUGCGUCACAUUUGCCCCAGCUGCCUGUAUGACAUGGGAAUUAGCUGAAUCAGGGAAGCACUUUAUCACCACUGUUAUAAAUGGUUCUGAUCUAGUGCCCACAUUCUCAACUUCUUCUGUCGAUGAUCUUCGUUCUGAGGUCACAGCAUCAUCAUGGUUGAAUGAUUUACGAGAUCAAGUUGAGCAUACAAAGGUCCUGAAUGUUGUCUACCGCUCUGCAACUGCACUUGGAUCCCGGUUGCCAUCUAUAUCUAGCGCCAAAGCAAGAGUAGCUGGUGCGGGAGCUCUUUUGAGGCCAGUAACCAGUAGCACCCAGGUUGUGAUGAAGCGUGCACAAAGUGUUGCUGAAGCUGUAGUCAGAACUCGCUCAUCAUUGUCAUCAUGGUCCUGCAUGAGUGCACGUCGUCGGAAUGUUGGCCCACUACCAAACUCCAAACUGGAGAACUCAGCAGAAACUUCUGUAGUACCCAAGAGAAAUGCGGAAUCUCUUUUUACUGAAGAGGUAGUUAGAGAUCAUAUGCUUAGUAAUGAUGAACCUAGUUCAUCAAGUGGAGGAUCUGUCCACGAUGACACAGAUGAAGAGGAAAAACUCCUCCCUGCUAAUCAGUACGUGACCACUUCCACUGUGGAUGGCAUCACUGAAGGCGAAUUAUGGUCCCAACUGGAGCAGGAGCUCCAGCAGAAGGACAAUAUCACCGACAUUCAGGCUCGGGAAGAAGAGGCAGCCGCAGCAAAAGAAAUAAUCGAAGAAGAGAAUCAGUUUGUUGAUGCAGCAGAAAGCAGUAAUUCGAUCACAUCCGACAACUUGGAUAACCAACGAUUUUAUCCCCCAGGAAGAAUCAUGCAUAUUGUCCCUGUACCUUCAUCUGGUGAUUCUAAUUCAAAUUCCAAUGUACCCGUUGAGGAGCGGGUCUGCUUAUAUGAAACACCCAGAGAGCUAUAUAGCAAGCUCAGGCUUUCAAAAACGAUGAUAAAUGAUCAUUACAUGCCCAUGUAUAAGAGGAUGAUGGAACUACUAAUUCGAGAACUAGAGAAAGAUAGUAGCUUUGACGUGAUCAUGUGAAAUACAACUGCAAAUACAAUACUACAGAACAAAUAUGGCCACAAAGGAUGUUAAUGGUUGGGGAAUGCCUAAUUAUAUAAUAAUUUUUUGAUCUAACUUCAAUGUCUAAUUGGACCCCGUUCUCAAUUAACUGGCAUAGAAGAGGAAUAGCAUCACACAGAUAGAAGGAACAAACGCAACAAUUAAGAAUUGAAUUAAGCUUGGGUAGCCUCUCCUAAGUGGAGAAGCUUCCAAAAAUUGACGGGCAAGCCCCGCCAAAGUAGGGCAGGUCUUACUCGUCGGAGAGUAGUGUGUUCGCACUAAUCGGUGUUGGCGCGACCCGUCGUCACUAUACGUUCAUUAACGAGUCGCCUUUCACCCCCUGACAGGACAGGUUGAGUCUAUCAUGCUUCUUCCCUUCUUUUAUAUACAGCUCUCUACUCUUCCCUCUAUAGAAUCUCCGAUGUGGGGUUUGUAUAGUUCCAAAAAGGAAUUUUGAAAGAUAUCAAUCUUCCCAUUCUCAGAUUAUUUUCCUCGACCCGUGAAUUAGAAAUGAAUUUCCACCGUGGGUUACGUGCCAAUAAUUUUGCAAUAAGUAGAUCUUAAGAUCUAUAACUGACCAGAGAUAUUAAUCUUUAUUUUGAAAAUAUUUGUUGCAUUUGUUUUACAUGAAUAUUGUAUUGAUCCAUUAUCAUUUACCACUA